GUGUGCGCAUGCGAAUGGCAAAUGUAACUUGUGCCUUUGCAAGAGUGCAGUGAAAAAAAAAAAAUAAAAUAUUGCAUUGAACAAGCUUAAAAAUGGCCGUGUGAAAUGGCAGCACGACGAUCAGUGUUGACGAACCCUGAAUCCCUAGCAGGGACAGUAAAUACCGAUCCAUUAAGAGAACUUUUUGAAGCCUGUAAAACUGGUGAUUUAGCAAGGGUGAAAAAAUUAGUGACUCCGAAAACGGUCAAUGCUCGUGAUACUGCAGGUCGGAAAUCAACUCCACUUCACUUUGCAGCUGGUUACGGUAGACGAGACGUGGUUGAAUUUUUACUUCUAGCUGGUGCAUCGAUACAGGCUCGUGACGAUGGAGGACUUCAUCCUUUACAUAAUGCCUGUUCCUUUGGUCACUAUGACGUUGUAAGACUUUUAUUAGAAGCAGGAGCCAAUCCAAAUACACGUGACAAUUGGAAUUAUACACCAUUACACGAGGCAGCUAUUAAGGGUAAAAUUGACGUUUGUAUUGCACUACUGCAACACGGAGCGGAUUCGAAUAUUAGAAAUACGGAAGGAAAAACAGCUCUGGAUUUAGCGGAUAUAGCGACGAAGCCAGUAUUGACGGGAGAAUACAAAAAAGAUGAACUAUUAGAAGCAGCUAGAUCGGGUAAUGAAGAACGUCUCUUACAACUUUUAAAUCCUUUGAAUGUUAAUUGUCACGCGAGUGACGGACGUCGAUCAACUCCUCUACAUUUAGCCGCAGGUUACAAUCGGUCCAGGGUCGUUCAAAUUUUACUGCAAAACGGAGCUGACGUUCACGCAAAAGAUAAAGGAGGACUAGUGCCACUUCACAACGCUUGUUCGUAUGGUCAUUUCGACGUGACCGAGGCGUUGUUGAAGCACGGAGCAGCAGUUAACGCCAGUGAUUUGUGGGCCUUUACUCCAUUACACGAAGCAGCAAGUAAAUCAAGAGCGGAGGUUUGUUCUCUUCUCUUGAGUGAAGGCGCCGAUCCGACGCAAUUAAAUUGUCACAGUAAAAGUGCUAUCGACGUUGCUCCAACCCUGGAGCUGCAAGAGAGAUUAGCUUACGAAUAUAAAGGCCAUUGCCUUUUAGAUGCUUGUCGACAAGCAGAUUCAACGAAAUUGAAAAAAUAUUUAUCACCAGAAGUGGUGAAUUUUAAGCACCCUUAUACUGGUGAUACGCCUUUGCAUUGUGCUGUCGCCUCGCCUUUUCCAAAAAGAAAGCAAAUUAUCGAAAUUUUAAUUAGAAAAAGUCCGACAUUGAAUGAGAAGAAUAAGGACUUUCUUACGCCACUUCACGUCGCUGCCGAUCAUUCGCAUUACGAUGCUAUGGAUAUUCUUUUAAGACACAACGCCAAAGUGAAUGCACUGGAUGGAUUGGGACAAACCUCCUUGCACAGAUGUGCAAGAGAGGAUAAUGUACAGGCAUGUAGAAUUCUUUUAUCGUACAAUGUAGAUCAAUCAAUAGUAUCUCUUCAAGGAUAUACUGCAGCUCAAGUAGCCACCGAGAACGUUUUGAAAAUUUUACAAGAUCCACCAAAUGGAACCGAAGACGUGGAGGCUCAACUUCUAGAGGCGAGUAAAUCGGGCGAUUUAACGGCAGUUGAGAGAAUUCUUCAAUCGAAUCCUCAUGCAGUGAAUUGCCGCGAUUUAGACGGACGACAUUCAACCCCAUUGCAUUUUGCGGCGGGUUACAAUCGUGUUCCGGUUGUGGAAUAUCUUCUAGCACAUGGCGCUGACGUUCACGCUAAGGAUAAAGGCGGUUUGGUGCCACUUCACAAUGCAUGUUCCUACGGUCACUAUGAAGUGACGGAACUUCUGGUGAAACAUGGAGCGUCUGUUAAUGUGGCGGACCUCUGGAAAUUCACACCUUUACAUGAAGCCGCAGCGAAGGGAAAGUGCGAAAUUGUACGUCUUCUGCUGAGGCACGGGGCGGACGCGACAAAAAAGAAUCGAGACGGUGCAACGCCUUUGGAUCUCGUGAGAGAGGGAGAUCAGGAUGUUGCAGACCUUCUUAGAGGAAAUAGCGCGUUAUUGGACGCAGCGAAGAAAGGAAAUCUCGCGAGAGUUCAAAGACUUGUUACUCCUGACAAUAUUAAUUGUAGAGACGCACAGGGACGAAAUAGUACGCCUCUACAUUUAGCAGCUGGGUACAAUAAUUUAGAUGUAGCGGAAUUUUUAUUAGAGCGAGGAGCUGAUGUGAAUGCACAAGACAAAGGUGGUUUGAUUCCUUUGCACAAUGCCUCGAGCUAUGGCCAUUUGGACAUAGCUGCAUUAUUAAUAAAAUAUAAUACGGUGGUAAAUGCAACUGAUAAAUGGGGCUUUACACCAUUGCAUGAGGCUGCACAAAAGGGUCGAACACAGUUGUGUGCUCUACUUCUCGCUCAUGGAGCUGAUACAUUUUUGAAAAAUCAAGAAGGACAAACGCCCGUUGAUUUGGCGAGUGCCGAUGAUGUUAGAUGUUUAUUGCAAGACGCAAUGGCAUCGCAACAGGUCGUACCAUCGAUGCCUUCGACGAAUGUCAAUAAUGUUGUUGGUACCAGUAGAUCUCCGAGUAUUGUAGCAGUUCCAGUUUCACCUCCACCAUCAUUAACGCAAGAGACUGUAAUAUUACCGUCCGGCGCAGCAAUAACAUUGUGCGUACCAAUUGCUCGCCCAUCAUCAUGCAUAAGUCCCAUGACGUCUUCGGAACAAAAUUCAGAUCGUGACGGAAAAGACGAUGAACGUAGUGCCAGUAAUGCGAUUACGAAUAUUUCGGGUUUUUUGCAAAGUCUCGGUUUAGAUCAUCUUCUCGAGCUGUUUGAACACGAGCAGAUAACACUCGACAUUCUCGCCGAAAUGGGUCACGAGGAUUUGAAGGAUGUUGGAGUCAAUGCUUAUGGUUAUCGACAUAAAUUGAUCAAGGGAAUGGAUAAAUUAUUGAGUUCAGCUGCCGGCUCGAUAUGGCCGCCUUCGGCUAAUCCAGGAACACUUUUGGUUGAUCUCUUGACGGACGACAAGGAAUUUUUGGCUGUUGAGGAGGAGAUGCAAAAUACUAUUCGCGAGCAUCGGGAUAAUGGUAUUUCGGGUGGUAUUUUCUCGAGAUACAAUAUUGUCAGAAUUCAAAAAGUGCAAAACCGAAAAUUGUGGGAGCGUUACGCACAUAGGCGACAGGAGGUGGCGGAGGAAGUUGGAGCCGCUGCACCUACUUCACCGAGUUCGUUGACGAGGAUCACGUCAAAUUUGUCGUUACCACAGGCGAAUGAAAGAAUGCUCUUUCACGGUAGUCCUUUUAUCAACGCAAUUGUUCAAAAAGGAUUCGACGAACGACACGCCUACAUCGGCGGAAUGUUCGGAGCUGGAAUUUAUUUCGCCGAGCAUAGCAGCAAAAGUAAUCAAUAUGUUUAUGGAAUUUGCGGCGGUACCGGUUGUCCUGCUCACAAGGAUCGAAGUUGCUACAUCUGUCACAGGCAUUUAUUACUCUGCCGUGUAACACUCGGCAAAUCAUUCCUGCAAUUUUCGGCAAUGAAAAUGGCGCACGCACCACCAGGACAUCACAGUGUAAUGGGCCGGCCAUCGCAAGGUGGCCUCGUGUUCCCCGAAUAUGUCGUCUAUAGAGGUGAGCAGGCAUAUCCUGAAUAUUUGAUAACCUAUCAAAUCGUUCGACCCGAGCAAGAAACUGGAGGAUCAGGCGAGGGAAGCGAGGAACGGUGAUCGCAAGAGACUGGCCCAGCGGCACAAUUGCGUCGUCUCUGCUGUUGUCAGAGAUCAAGGGCAUGCGAUUCAUUGUCCUAGAUCUCUUCUAUAAAUAAUAUACAUAAAUAUUUGAUCUCGAAGCUUUUUCAUCGCCUCCGCCUCAUUAAAGGAUGAACUUCUCCUUUUCGCUUGAGAUAUUGAACUGCAUUUCUGUGAUCCCCUCUAAUUAUUCGCGUCUUCGAACAGUUUUUUCGUUACCAAAAUUAACAAAAAAAAAAAAAAAAAGUUUCCUCCACGAGGAAGCAAAAAGCGAAAAAAGGAAUGACGCGAUCUUCUAAUUGUGUGAUUUAAAAAAAAAACGAAAAGAGAAUGUAAAAGAGAUGUAAAAAAUUCUGGAAAAAUUGAGGAUAUCAGUAAAAUUGAAAUUUUCAUUUUAUUGAUAAAUACAAUUUUUAUUUAAUACGU